CCCGGAGCCGCACCCCAGAGCGCUCCACCCCGGCGGUCUCUGCCCCGGAAGCGCCCACCAGCCCAGGCGAUCCCGUUCCCGCGCCUGCGGGGCCACCGAGCGUGCGGUUCGAAGCGCCGCCGGCCCCAGAGUUCCCCAAGCCGCCUACGCCGCCGCCCAUGCCGCUCGGGCAGCAUUUCAUCGUUCGGGCGAGGGUGCAAUGGCCGGAAGGGGCGCAGUGGAUGAUCUUCAGGGGAAAGGCAGCCAACGCCACCGCGGCCAGCGCGGUCGCCGAGUACCUUGACGGCGCGAUGGCCCUCGAGGCGGAGGAUCCGACAGGCACCGUCAUCCGCUUCCUGGUGAAGCCCGACGGCGUGAUCCGUGCGCCUGCCCCGGGGCCCUCAGGGCGCCCGCCCGCAGGGUUCAUCGAGGAGAUGCUCCACCACGCGCCCCUGGGUUGCGAGGAGCUCGGCAACAGCGUCUCGGCGACCAACGUACCUGAGAAGGUCUGGCACAAGUUGGCUGCGUGGCACGGGCUCCCCGUGGGCGGCCGCGCUGGGCCGCUCAGCGAGGCCCGCUGGCAGCUGCUCCGCGAGAAGGUGGCCAGCUUAGUCCGGUGGCACCCUGAGGGGGGCGUGGCACCCAGCCCGAGCUUCGAGGCGAGGGCCACCGAGGCAGACGCCAAGUUGCGCCGCCACUGGCAACGGCUAGGCCGCAGCAGCUCGCCCAAGCCGCCAGCUGGGGCUGCCUGGCGCGGCUCGCGCUCUCCGUCAGCCGAGGGCGGGCGCGCAGCUAGCUCCGAAGCACCCGCCUCGGGGGAGAGCCAGCCGGAGGACGACGGCGGGGACAUGAUGGCGUGCUACCUGGAAGAGAAGGCCCGAGGGUCGGGCGACGCAGCGGCGGUGCCAAGUGUGGCCGCCGGCUUCGGCGAAGAGGCUCACCAGGUGCUCGCCAACCUCAUUCGCUACGCACAGCACCUCAGGCAGCAGACAACCGAGCCUGAGGAGCUCGCACGGCUCGAUGGGCACAUCAGCAGCUGGGAGGAACUGCAGCAGGUACCUUCGCGACCCCAGACCCCGGAGGCGGCGCCGAGCAGCCUGCAGGGCCUGCUCAAGCUCCCGCCCGAGCGCCACCGCUCGCAAGGGCCGCCGGCCACCCAGGCCGAGAGCGUGCCCUCGAUCGAGAUGCGGCCGCCCCGCCAGCCGGCGGCGCCCGCACCUGCGCUCACACUUGGGCCGCGGGACACCAGCCCCCUGCCGACCACGGCUGAGCUCGCCCCG